AUGGAAAAAUCUAUACCAAAAAUUGGUUCACGUAAAACUGGACGUAUUGGUUCACGUAAGCAUCCUCGUAAAAUACCAAAGGGGGUUAUUUAUAUUAAAGAUAGUUUCAACAAUACCAUUUUGACUGUUACAGAUGUAAGAGGUCGGGUGAUUUCUUGGUCCUCUGCCGGUUCAUAUGGAUUCAAGGGUACACGAAGGGGGACAACAUUUGUCGCUCUAACCGCAGCGGGAAAUUCUAUUCAAACAAUAGUCGAUCAAGGCAUGCAACAAGCAGACAUCAUGAUAAAAGGUCCCGGUCUAGGAAGAGAGGCGGCAUUAAGAGUAUUGGAACUUUUGAAUAACAGUCAAGAAGACCUUAUGAAAAUUGAACACUUUUGCGUAGAAGAUUUAAAAAAUAUAUUAAAAAUUUUACAAAUCAAAAAGCAUUUUGUAUAA